AGCAAGGAAAAAAAACAAAUUUAUUCAUCGGAUUGAUCGUUUCGGCGUCUAACUAAAUACGUUAAUAAUUUUUGCAUACCUUUCUUGCUAGAUAAUAAAAAAAAGAGUUUAAUUUUAAAGCUGGUAUACGGGUUGAAGCAAAAAUAAUGAAAAUAUGCCACUUGGCCAUUAGGGCCCUUUUAAUGGCUAUAACUACAACCCAAGUAAAUAGUGCUUGUGUUUUGGGUGGCUUAUCGCCUUCUUUGCCUGACUUCUGCACGAUGCUGUACUCGGCUUUUAACGACUGGUUGUCACCGUGUGACGAUACAACACCUGAAAAACACCUUCGUUACGAUAAGACCAGCUCAUCAUGGACCUAUGACUGUCCCUGCACAAAAGAAUGUCAAUACGGGGUGGAUCCUGGAGAUAUUGACACUUGCCCUUCUUGCCUCUUGGGGCCUGGAGAAACGUGCGACAGCUGGAGUGGGAAAUGCGGAGAUAACCUUCUAUGUCAACACUCAGGUCCCAUGUCUUCCAGUGGGAAAUGCGUGUCAGAGGAAGAAUUUCGUUCAAGAGAAAUAGGAGAAGCGUGUGGUGAUUGGGACGGAGAAUGCAAAGAAGGUCUAAGAUGCAAAUACGAUGAAGACUCGGCAUUUCUACCUCCUAUGUUCGCCGAUAUGAUGCAUGUGUUUGGUGAAUGUGUCACAGAAGAAACGUUUGAUUCACAGGGUGAGGGAGAAAUAUGCAGUGAACGCUAUGGUAAUUGUUCGGAAGGUCUUGCAUGCAAUGAAGCAAUGUUUCCGUGGUCACCCAAUGUCUGUGUAAAUGAGACUAAUUUCAAUAACACUAAUCAGGUCGACGAGAGCAUAUUGAAAAAAAUUUUCGGUGACGUCAAUACUGACGAUGUACCAGUUCAAGGGGAAAUCGAUAUUGUUCUGGUGGAAGGCGAAGAUGCGGACGAAUCCAAGAUAAUUUUAGAUAUGAUUGACGCUAUUGAACAUAUAAUUCCUGACCUAGUAAGUAAAACAGACCCAGAGACAGGCGAAACGAAAGUAAUUUCCAUCAAAAACAAAAAUGGCACUUUGGCAAUUAAAGAUGAAAUUAAUGACAACGUGAGUAUUGUCGAUGCUGACAUUUCGGAAGACAACGAAAGCGAUGACACGGAAAGUUAUUUCAGUAAAAUUUUCGAUCUUGCCAAACCCGACAAUGAUAAAGAUGACAAUGAAGUAGACAUUGGUUCGGAUUUCGAAGGAUUUUUGAAUUUGCUGAUGUCUGAGGAACCACAAGAUUCGCAGGCUGAUAAAAAUGAUUUCACAAAAUUAUGAAGCAUAUGAAGACCUAUUGAAGCUAUGUUUAUCCCAAAAUAUAGACAUGCUUUAUACUAAGUCAAGUGGUGUUAGAUAGAUAUAUUUAGAAAUU